AUGGCAACACGUACAUCAAAUAAUAAAAUCAAAAUUGGUGUACAUUGGAAAAAUUCUGUUGCAAUCGGUCUUCCAUCUCCAGGCAGUCCUCGUCAUCCAAAACUUAUCGAACUCGACCCGAGUGUUCCACUAGAUAGUUACAUUUCGAAGAUAUGUGAUGAUUGGAAGAUUCCUCAAUUAAACUCCAUUCAUUAUGCACUACGAUAUGAUGAUACACAUAAAUUUGUAACUGAACAAAAUCGUUUGCAAAUUCCAACCGGUCAAGUGUUCUAUCUUUCUCUUUCACAUGAAGACGAAGUUCGAGAUCUACUGAAAUAUUUAUCAUCAACUGAUUAUCAUCGUUAUGAUUCGACUGCACUUGAACGCUUGAAACUAGCAGGUGAAGAUGAAACUUUUGCAUUAGAAUUUGUCAAUCAAUAUGGUCUUGAUCAUCUAUUAAAACUGUUCAUCAAUGAUGAAAAAUCGAAUAAUUUUGAAAAUUUCACACCGAAUCUGCUUCGAUCACUUCAUAACAUAGUGGUUAAUCAACAUGCAGUCGAUUGGGAUAAUCUUGAAUCAAUCGAUAUUAUCAUUGAUCAAUUGAUAGUCGGUGUUAAUCAGUCGAAAAUUACUCGUUCACAUUCAUCAUCUGCAAUGAUGAUUCUCUAUUCAAUUGUAAAUAACGAAUCAAAAUAUUCGUCAAAGAUCAUUCAAACACUUCAAAUCGGACAUCUUCUUGACUAUUGUAACAAACAACAGGAUAUGGAAACACAAUACUACGCACUAUCAUUGAUUAAUGUCAUUAUGAGCAAAGGUGAUCAAAUAAUUCGUUCGUUACUUGUUGUUGCAAUGUCGAAUACAAUCGUCACCCUACGUCUACGCGAACUCGUACAAUCGAUUAUUAAUAAUGAUGAACCUUCUGCUAAUGAUUCUUUUUCAUCUGUAGACAAUUUGGUACAAUCAUCAAGGCAUUUAACUCGAAGUUCGUUGAUUCAACAAUUAUGUCUUCUACAACGAUUCUAUCUCAAUGAAUUGUACACCAAUCAAAUGAACACCGCACCAGAUCGACAUGAUUCGAAGUAUCGAGAUAUGAUAACAGAAUUACGGCGAAGCGCAUUUGAUACUGACCUUUUACUAUCUGAUCAAAGUUGUCAAGAUUUAAGUAUGCGAGUGACAUCAAUGAAUUUGAAUGAAACAAUCACAAAUCCUCGACGUGUGGAAGCCUUACAACGCGAUUAUGAACGACUUGGAUUUCAAGAUCUUCGAGAACCUAUAAAAGAUUUUCAGAGCGUUCCACCUGGUAUUUUAUCAUUACAAAAUUUAUUCUAUUUUUGUAUUCAUCAGAAAAAUGAUUAUAUUCGAUUUGUUUUGGAGAACUCUUGUAAAACUCUCCAACAACAAUGUCCACUUGUCAAAUCAGCUAUUGAAAUUACACGAAUACUUUGUACAUUAUUUUCCAUUGGUAUUGAACCAAAUCGACAUCAAAACCAUGCAGACUAUUUCUUACUUUUCUAUAUAAUUUCUUCAUUUUUCGAACAAGCGUUUGUGCGUUGUUUGUUACUAUUCAACAAAACAUGGAAAGAAAUGCGUGCUUGCGAUGUCGAUUUUCUAGUGGUCAGUUCAGUUGUACAUCAGCAAAUAUGUCAAUCUCUUGGUGAUAUCGGCCUAACGAAUUCUUCAAUAUCAAUUCAUAACAAAACUUUGAUAUCACCAUCGAUCAAUCAAACGACAUUAUCAUCGCCAAUUUUGAAAACAGUAAUGAAUACAUCAUUGACAUCAGGCGUCUUACAAAAGUUCACGUUCGAUUACUUUUCCGAACGAUUGAAUAUUCAUAACUAUAAAGAUAUAUGUAAACGACGAGAUGAUCAAGAAUUGAAACGUGAAGAAACAGUUAUGAGAUUACCAAUUGUUGAAACAUUAAAAGAACGUCUGAGAUCACAUGUCGAAUUGUUAACACGUCAAGCGCGUUUAAAAACAAUGAAAAAAGGUCAGAUAUUUAUGACUAUCGAAAGUCGACCCGGUGCAAAGAAAACUAAAAAUCGAUUAAUGUAUUGGCAAUUGCUCGACAAUGAAAAACAUGUUCAAUGUAGUGAAACAACAUCGACAACGACGAAAGAGAAUCUUGCGAAUAAUAAUAAUAAUAAUUCCACGUCAAGUCUAACUCGAACGAUGAUUCCACUUGAAAAUAUCAAAGACGUUCAAUCGAACAUGGAUCAAUCACGAUCUGCAAGUUUUAUAGUUCAAGAACGUAGUGGAAAAUUUCCUCGUCAUAGCAAUGCACAUACGAGCAUUACAAUUUCCCUCCAUAAUGAUACAACAUACACAUUAUUAUGCGAAAAUGACUACGAUAUGUCGUGUUGGAAUGAUGGGUAUAACAUUCUCUUACAUCGAGAAAUGGAUAGUUUCUAUGCUCGUGAAGAUAUGGAAUCUCUCUUGAAUCUCCUUUGUCAAUUACAAAUUCUUGAAUUAGAUAGUCCAAUGAUUACUCUUCCUCAACAUCAAUUGUCAGUUCCUACUCGUUUACCACCACGUCGUCCCCUUUCAUAA